CAACUACCAAGCCAUUACUCCCCAGACUUAAUUUGUCACUCUUGGGAACCGCUGCAAACUCCACCAUGAAGCUCAAGGUCCUAUUCCUCGCCACGGUGAUUCUGGCCAUCAAUGCCAAAGAGUGGUUAGACCAACCUGACUGGAUGAAGGUGUACCCUCAUGGCGAAUGGAGUGAGUGGGGACCUUGCGACAAUGAUGGUUUCCACACCAGCGUGCGUGUCGACUGUGAGCGUGAAAAUCAGAACUGUAUUUUGAGGUUUAGGAACGAGUAUUGCAAUGGUCAGCAAGGGAAAAGUUUCGAUUAUUGGGGUUCACCACAGAGUAUAUGCCCAAGUUCUGGAAUCUUGGAGCGUCGGCAAAAAUGCUGGAGAGGCCCAUGCACAGGAGAGUACCGCCAACUUAGAGCAUGUAUACCCACUAAUUCCGACAAAUAAGCGUUAACAGGCAAAAACAUUUGACUGGCCUUGCCAGCUCAAUGGGACAGGCAAUCCAAAGAUAUGUGGUUUGAAUCCAUGUCAAGGUCCCUUGCUCCAUUAUUUCUUUCAUUCUUUCUGUACUGUCAAUAAAUCCAAUCUGUA